GGCGCUAUGGCGUCCUCCGUGGUAGUGUGCAGGUUACGUAUGCCUGUCAGUAUAGGCCUUGUAAAAUGUCUCCCAAAGGUCGACACGCUUCUUCACAGAAGCUUUGUAACAAAGGUUGCUGCUUCGGAUUGUCCAACAUCGAAGGGAGAUGAAACUGCUCCCAGGAAGGAAUGCAAGUCGUUUUAUACAGUCCAGGCAGAGAGACAAGAACAGGCGCAGAGAUCUGUUCUCAUCAGUUGUCCACCCAAAGCCAGUGACCGAAAGAUCAAAAGAUAUUUGUCUAGAUACGGAGAUAUCAAGAAGUUCUUCGCAUAUGAGAGCUUUGGUCUGUAUGCUGUUGUAGAAUAUGAAAGCAGUGAAGGUGUCGCCUCUCUCCUGGAAGGUGCCGUCAUCCCAAAUGUCAACCAUGAAUCCCUUCUGCCUUACAAGUCUAGACUGUUGUCCUUCCGACACCUUGGGCAGAUGGACUCUUCUAACCCACAGUUAAAGGAACAUUGCCAGCCACUUACCACCAUCCCUAUUAAUGAGCUCAUUAAACGACUAUCUAGGGAGGAAAGUAUAGACCAACAGAUCACUUCACUCACAGAUGCAUACCAGCUAACUGAUGAAAACACUCGACUCCGAUUCCUCGUCUGUUCUUUGCUGAAGGACAUUGCUGGAGCAUACUUCCCAGAGUGCACAGUUAGGCCCUUCGGCUCAUCUGUAAAUGGCUUUGGAAAGCUGGGGUGUGACCUGGACAUGUUUCUGGACCUGGACGGUGUCUCUGGGAGAGAUGUGAAACUGCCAGGGUCAGGUUUAUCCCUGGAAUAUCAGAUGAAGGUCGCCAGUUCAGAGCGGGCCGUCACCCAGAGUAUUUUGUCAGUGAUCGGCGAAUGUGUGGACCAGUUUGGACCUGGAUGUGUAGGAGUGCAGAAGAUUCUUAAUGCCCGAUGCCCUUUGGUGCGAUUUUCCCAUCAGCCAUCGGGCUUUCAGUGUGAUCUCACAGCCAACAACAGGGUGGCAAUGAAAAGCACAGAGCUGCUCUACCUCUAUGGCGAAAUUGAUUCGCGUGUGAGGCACCUGGUGUUCACCGUUCGCUGCUGGGCCCGCGCCCACGGCAUCACCAGCAGCAUCCCAGGCGCCUGGAUCUCAAACUUCUCCCUCACAGUCAUGGUGCUGUUCUUCCUGCAGAAGAGAAGCGUUCCCAUAAUACCCACCCUGGACCGACUGCGAGACCUGGCAGGUCCCGCAGACAAGAGUGUGAUUGAGGGGAACGACUGCACGUUUGUCAGCGACCUCAGCAGGAUCCGGCUCCAGAGCAACACGGAAACGCUGGAGGAACUGCUGUGCGAGUUCUUUGAGUUCUAUGCCACUUUUCCAUUCAGCAAGAAGUCUAUAAAUAUCAGGAAGGGGAAAGAGCAGAACAAACCCGAGGUGUCGCCGCUGCACAUCCAGAACCCGUUCGAAACCUCUCUGAAUGUCAGCAAGAAUGUCAACGUCACACAGCUGGACCGUUUCGUGGCUUUGUGUCAGGAAAGCUCGUGGCUGCUUCAGCAGAGCGAAUGCCGCUCGCCUUCCAGCCACAGCGCGGAUAACUCCCCCUUCACCUGGGGCCUGGCUGCCCUCAUCCUGCCGUCGCAGGUCGCUGGCAUCCAAGGGCGGAAGAAAAAACGAAGAGAGCCCACCAGCGAGAGAAUCAAGAGCUUGCUAGAAUCUCUGAAAAGUCAAAACAAAAAGAAUAGCUGAAGGACUCUGGAAGAAGGAGGUCGGAGGGUUCUAUCCAAUCAUGGACACUUGGUCCAGCCAAUGAGACUUGUGGGUCAUUGACUGGCUGUAUGCUUGAAAGAAACUGGAUCAUGUAUAAAGUGUUUUUAUUCUUAAUAUGGUUAAAUGUAUCUGAUGUUUAAACUCAAGUGGCGUGUGUUCAAUACACUCUUGGAUACGUUGAAUAAAUCCUUGCUUCACAAGGAAGAUGAAGUGCAUAGGAUAUGCUUUUUCAUGGGAAAAAAAACCCCCAAAUAUUUGUUGUCUCACUUCUGUCAUCCUCCUCUGUCAAUACCAUGGUAUCAUUGUGAUAAAGCACAGUCAUGACAGCACACCAUUGUCAGCAUCAUCAAGCGAGUGAACACCCGAGGAGGUCCCUCAUGAAGAAAUGUCCAGAGUGCCUCAUGGACAGGAGUCGGACCUCUUCUGUAUGUGCUGUGUUUUGAACCAUGAAU